UCCUUUUACCCUCAUCCUUCCAUCCAUAGAAAUCCUUGAUGAAGAAAAGGUCAGAGAUUAUGAGGAUGGACAAGGCUAUUGAAGCAAAGGAGCAACAUGUGAAGAAGCUUGAACAGAAACUUGAGAUGGAAGAGCAGCUCGAGAGACAGAAGAAGAAAUCUGCGGAUGCCAGAAUACCUUUUGAAAAAAUGAGCAAGUCCAAACUGGAGUUGAAUUCUGCAAUUGAGAAGUUAACUGAUGAAGUAGAGAGCGUAAAAAGUGAAGCUGCCCAGCUUGAGGAUACCCUGGAUGAAUAUAAGCAAUCCAAGAACAUUCUGUUAAAGAUGUUGACUCUGGAGUGGCAUGAGGCCCAGGAGGCAGAGAAUUCAAAAGCUGAAGUCCUGUCUGACAGAGACACUCAGAUUGAGCCAGACAGGGAGCCUCAGGAGUCAGCAGUUAGGCAGGGUUUGGAGUCCAGCCCAGGUAAAGCGCCACCCUCCACCACAGAGCCCACGCUGUCCUCAGCCCACAACGACACACUUGUCACAAAUUCUAAACUGGAUAGCGACAGCUCGGACUAUGAGGAGAAGCUGGAGCAAUACUUAAGAGAUCCCCAGCAGCUACUGGAUGCAAUGAUGGAGGUGAAAGACCAGAUCCUGUCCCUGACUUCAAACUGUACCACAAAAAAUAAGAUGUUGGAGGAGCUCGAGCAGAUGAUGGAGGCCGCCUCGAAGAAAACGAAAGUAGAUGACGAGAAGCUAACAUUACAGAUAAAUGACACUGAGGAUAGAAUCGGCAAGGAGAAGAAGAGAGCCGCCAACCUCAAAAUGAUGCUUCAGUUCCACGACUUACUAAAAACAGAGGACCAGGAUGCUAUGUUGGAUGCUCUUAGAGUGAAGGUGACAGAAGUGUAUCGCUGCUGCGUGGGUAAGCCAUUGAUCAGUCUCAGCACCUUAGAGAAGCUGUCCAGUGUCGAGUACAGGAUGACUUCACUGCUCGAGCAAAUGGAGAGCAUGCCUAAAGGAGACUUGAAGACACUGAGGCAGAUCAGGGACCGUGAGAGGAGGAACAGGCUGCAUGAAGAAAAGCGGAGACAUGAGAUGGAGAAACGGAAAGAAAGAGAGCAGAGGUGCAUCCAGAGAUCCGUGGGUGACGCCAAGAAAAUAAGUGGAAGAAAGCUGAUGCCCAGAUGCUUCCCUGUUAAGCAGAAGAUUGAAGUCAGCAAUGAGGACAACGUUCCUGCUGAGGAUGACCUCCAUGCUUACAUGUUUGGUACCGAGGACCUAGACUGGUUUUAUAGAUAAUGUGCAUGAGGAGAGGUGGCAGACACUGGUUAGUCUCUGUCGCUCACAGCAGGAUGUUUGCAUUGGCCACUGUAUUGACUUUCUUAUUGGAUGGACUCUGUACAACUCUGAGCCUGAACCACUGUGCAGAGGAGAAGUUCAAUUUCUUGCUGAGUAACAACGUUCAAUGUACCUCACAUGGGAGCACUAUGGAUAAUUCAUUUGAUUAUGAACCAAUAGAAGAAAUUAAAAAGGAGCUGUAAACCCAUGGACCUACCUCAGCAGCUGCAAAAAUCCAGGAGUAUUUGGAUCAGCAGGAUAAUAUUCCACUAAAUAUUGGCAUCACAGGAGAGUCUGGCUCUGGUAAAUCCACCUUUGUUAAUGCCUUCAGAGGCAUAGACAACAGGGAUGAGAGAGCCGCCCCUACUGGUUGUGUAGAAACCACCUCAGAGGCUACACCAUACCCCCAUCCCAAAUAUCCCAAUGUCACAUUGUGGGAUCUUCCUGGUAUUGGCACUCCGAAGUUUCCAUCUGACAACUACCUGAAUCAUGUUAAAUUUGAAAAGUUUGACUUCUUCAUCAUCAUCUCAGCUGAUCGCUUCAGAGAAAAUGAUGUGAAGCCCACUCAGGAGAUUAAGAGGAUGGGGAAAAAGUUCUACUUUGUUUGUUCAAAGAUUGACAAUAACUUACGUGAUGAGGAAAGACGCCUGAGGUCAGAGUUCAAUGCAGAAAGGACUCUUAAACAAAUCAGGGACAACUGCAUUCAAGGUCUUGAAAAACAAGGUGUCAAAUCUCCACAAGUCUUCCUGGUGUCCAGCUGUGAUCUCCACCUGUAUGAUUUACGUCUGUUAGAGGAGACCCUAGAGAGAGAGACAUCCCUGCACACAAGAAGAA